AUGAAAGAUCAAAAGCUACCUUAUGUUUUGGUAAAUGGUUUUGAAGAACCAUAUAGUGUGAAUGACCAUCAUGUAGGAGAUCUUAAGAAACAUUUUAAUCUUAUCACCAUGAAAGAAUUUCUUGAAAACAAAACAAAUUUCAGUCAAAAGAUACAAGCUAUAUAUGUAUGGGGAGGGAAACCACAAAUUGACCAGGAGCUCCUACAGAGCUUGCCUACCUUGAAGAUUAUUGUAAGCGGAGGAGCAGGCCUGGAUCAUCUGGACCUGGACAUGAUUGCCAGCUUUGGUGUGAAAUUGGCCAACACUCCACAUGCUGUUACUAACAGCACUGCAGAUAUGGGAAUGGCCUUACUUCUGGCAUCAGCCCGGAAGUUGUUAGAAGGGCAUGAAGUAGCGACUUCACCAAACACUAAGUAUUUUUCUAUCAACUGGUUGGGACAAGAAGUGACCGGAUCUACUCUGGGAAUCAUAGGUAUGGGCAACAUUGGCUAUAAGGUUGCUCAGCGAGCCAAAGGAUUUGACAUGAAGAUUCUGUAUCACAAUAGGAACCGCAGGAAAAUGGAAGAGGAGCAGGCAGUUAGGGCAUGCUACUGUGCAAAGUUGGAUGAGCUGCUACAGCAAUCAGACUUUGUAUUGCUGGCUACCCCUUUGACGACUCAGACUCAUAAGAUGAUUGGAAAGAGGGAACUGGGACUAAUGAAACCCACUGCUGCUCUUAUAAAUAUUGGCAGAGGUCAAUUGGUUGAUCAAGAUGCCCUAGUUGAAGCUCUUCAAACUGGGAUUAUUAAAACAGCAGGACUGGAUGUGACUUAUCCUGAACCCCUGCCCAGAUCUCAUCCUUUAUUAAAGUUGAAGAAUGUUACUUUGACACCUCAUAUAGGAAUUGGAACUCAUCAAUGUCUACAUCUCAUUAAGGAAAAUAUGGUUGAAAGCCUUCUGGCUGCUCUCAGUGGCCUUCCUAUUCCUAAUGAAGUACAUCUUAAAUGA